AUGGAGGAAGAACUCAAUAAGCUCCGCAAGAAGCUCGAAGAAGCAGAAAAUCGUGCCGUUGAAGAGCAACGCCGACGUGAAGAAGAGCAACGCCGACGCGAAGAAGAGCAACGCCGACGCGAAGAAGAGCAACGCCGACGCGAAGAAGAGCAACGCCGACGCGAAGAAGAGCAACGCCGACGCGAAGAAGCAGAAAACGCCGCCAGGGCAUCGCAACCACUGACAAUUGGCCCAUACCUUAACGCCUGCCACUUGCUCAGUCUUGCCAUCCAAGUCCUCACCGACCGAUCUCUAACCACUCAAGGUGACACAACAAAUCCUGCCGGUCGUGUUUAUCCCCAACAUAUAGCCAAAUGGCACGAUUUUGCAGCAAAACAGGAGGAAAUAUGGGACCUACUCGAAAAUACUUCCUUCACAACGAAUGCUACAUUCCCGUCUAAUCAUCAGUUAGAUUACGUUCGAUCUUUGAUCGCUCCUAUCAGUAGCGAGCUGGGGCUUCGCUCAUUUGAGCGCGACACCGUCGAAAAUGCAGUACAAAAGCUGGUUGAUGCGGUGUUCCAGAACCCGCUGUUGCGGAAGCGCCUUGGCCUGCGCGGAACCGUAACGUUCGAGAGCCACACAAACCUCGGCCCGGCUGACGAGCAUCUUUCCGAACCUCUCGAGCGUAUGUCCCUUUCCACCGGCUCGGCAGGCGCGGCAUCUGCAACGAGUGAAGUCCGAAAACCGCGUCGCACGGCCAAGGCGAAGGGGAAGGGCAAUCGAGCAGACCAGUUUUGCAUAUAUAGGACAUCAGACGGUGCAAACAUCCCAACGAUGGCAAUCGAGUACAAAGCGCCGCACAAACUGAGUCAAGACGAGGUGGUCACAGGCCUGGCAUCCGAGAUUAGGCCGAAGCGAGACGUGAUUGGCCAACAUUGUGAAGGCUUCGUACUCGCGUCCAAAGCGCUUGCCGCCGCCGUGGUUACCCAGCUUUUCUCUUACAUGAUCGGCAAGGGCAUCCAGUACGGGUACGUCUGCACAGGGCAAACUUUUGUCUUCCUCCAUAUUCCGGAUGAUCCCGCCACGGUCCUUUACCACGUCUGCGUCCCGAACUUGGACGUCCUCGACGACGAUGAUAACAGGCUCCACCGUACAGCUGUCGCACAAGUCUUUGCCUUUGUCCUGCAGGCUCUACGUACUCCGCCGCCCCAACUAUCGUGGCACGACGCGACGGUCAGACUUGAAACAUGGGCUGUGGAGUACGAGGAUGUGCUUGCCAAAAUCCCGGCUUCCGUCCGUAAGGAUAAAGAAAAAGCCUCUCCUUAUAUCCCUCGCCGUUGGCAGGGCUUUCAGCGCUCGCCGAUUCGGACCCGCGCGUUCUGCCGGCAGUUACACACUCAGCACGUGUCUAACGAAGACGAGGACGACCAUGAUUUCAUGCCUUCCCCAACGCCGAGCCGGGUAUCUAAUCGCAAACAUGACGCUUCGGGCUCCGGCAGGCGUAGGGGAAAGAAUAGCGGAGGAGUGCAGUCCAGCAAAACAGACAAAGGAAUACAGGACAGGCAGUACUGCACCCAUCAAUGUCUCCUUGGGCUGGCAUCUGGGGGAUCAAUCGACAAAACCUGUCCGAACGCCAGUAGUCACGGGCUCAACCACAUGGACAGGACGGAGUUUUUAUGUCUGCUUCGAGCCCAGCUAGCCAAAGAUCGCGGGCCUGAUGCGGACUCUGCGCCACUCUACCUUUCAGGGUCUAUAGGCUCGCUCUUCAAGGUGCGGCUAUCCUCGCAUGGUUACACGCUUGUGGCGAAGGGCGUGGAAACGGCAAACCUCACAUUUCUGCAACACGAAAAGAAGGUUUAUGACCACCUUCGCCCAAUCCAGGGGAAGCACGUUCCUGUAUGCCUCGGACUAAUGCCUCUGGAACUCCCGCACUAUUGCGAUGGCGGUGUUUAUGAGUAUUUUCUGUUCCUCAGCUGGGCUGGCGACCCUUUGUCAAGAGUUGCCAGUAUCGAUAGAUCCGUUGCUGCUGCCUCGAUUUCCAAGGCAUUUGCCGAACUGCAUCGUCUCGGCGUCCUUCACGGCGAUGCUGAGGCGCGCAACAUCUUGUUAAGUGGCCAUCACCCUAUGGUUGUGGAUUUUGAAAGAGCGACUAUCCGCGAUCGUGCGCCGCUGGGCUCGAUCUCUGCUAAUACCAAGCUCAAAAGGAAGCUUGGGGCAUCCCACAAAAUGGAGAAGGACGAGUUUGCGAGAGAGUUUGCCGCUAUACAAGGCGUUUUGCAAGACGCAACAAAGUGA